AUGGCAAGGCACAAUGCCUCCCGCCGUCGGCGGGAGAUCAAGAACCAUCAGCUCGGUGGUCUUCCUGGCUUGCGCCCGAAGGUUCUUCGCGCCACAAAGGCAAUGAUUCGUUACACCGCAGCAGAGCUACGAGAGAUACAUGCGGAGCGACCAGAUGAGAUGCCAUGGCAUGUGAACAAGAUCCUAGAGAUACAAUACAUCAUCACAGGCAAGCCUGCCAGGCAGGCGAGUGCGGAAAAGCAGAUCAAGGAUGCCAAGCUUAAGGCCGGAGCCAGGCAACAUGACCGGCCGCAGUGUCUCCAAUGUGCAAAACUAGCGUAUUGGGACCUCGACUUCUGCGGGAGUUGUCUGGUCGCGGAGGCAAGACCGAGGAAGCUAGAAGAGCAGGAGAGGCGAGCCAAAGAGAAGGAGAGGCGAGCUGAAGAGGAGAAGAGGCGAGCUGAAGAGAGAGUCAACCGGAGAGUCAAUGUCCGGACGCUUGAGUUACUUGGCCCCACGGCUCGCGGAUUCUGCUAUGCCACCGGUGUGACCGCGACAAUCAUGCAUUCGAUGCUCACUCGUCACGGCAAACAAUCUCGAAAUCCGUCAUUUCGUCAACACGACCCCUCUCAAGGCGCGGAAUGA